CUCGUCGGACGGCGCUGGCGCGAGCGGGUGGGAGUACGAUCCCCAUCCCACUGGUGGCUGGCGAUGGUGCCCGAUCACCCUGGAGCAGUGCUGGGCGCGGUGCAUCGCGCGGGGCGGCUGCGUCUCCGUCUACUUCACCCGGGGCCUGUCGGGCGACUGCUGCUUCCCGAGCAGGGCCGCGUGCUCCGGCAGCGACCACCCUGGCACCACCGCCGUGGGCACCACCUACACGCUGCGCGCCGCGGCACCGACCCAGGGCGCCAGCCGGAGCGGCGAGCAGGACCUGCUCGGCUCGGGCGGAGGGGACACCGGCGACGCCGGCGGGGUCGGCGAGGCUCCGGGGCCGCGAGAGGCGUCGGGCGAGGGCGGCCCCGAAGGUCAGAGAAUCGAAGAAGGGAACAACACAUAA